CCUCCAUCGAAGCGCUCUCAGCGGUAAUUCGCUAAUUUCAACCAAUCUGGCCCGGCCAAUACGCCACAGCCAAUACGCCACAGCCAAUACGCCACAGCGUUCCCCUUCCUGAUGUCGAAGAAACACUCAGAUACACAACAAAUGAAGCUUUGCCAAAGCGGUUGUGGACUUCAAGCUUAGGUCCACCAACUUCAGCAACGUUAAACCAAAGACGGCAGCGCCUCAUAGACUGGAGCUACGGGCGAAAAAUACAAAAGCCAAGAUGCAUUCACCAGCAGCUGAUCUCUCCAAAUCCUUCACUCCUACAUCUACACAUCCUGCAAUUUGUCUGUGCCGCAAACCACCAUGUAUUCCCUUCACCACCGUAUUUUAAUAGUCGUCGGCCUCGCGUCGUUUGCAACGGCUUUUAACAAUAAAUUUCCAAGAGCUACGCCAACACUCGAGGACUACUCCGUGAACGGGUUCACGCCAAAACCAACCGGCGACCCCCUUCUUGAACUGCGAAAACGAGACCCAAGUGUUUGCGGGUUCGCGAGCUACGAGCCCUGGGUAUCUUUUACCUGCCACAACGGUGGCGUGUGCGGCUACAAUACGACGGUCGACUGGUGGGGCUGCUGCGCUGGCCAGUCUGCCGGCGCCGUGACAGGUUGCGCUAUUUUCACCAGCUGCGUGGACUACACGGACAUAGGCUCGUGCGCGGCCAACCCGGAAUGCGCAACAAAUUCUCAGGUGGUUGCUUGGUAUGUAAAUGUUCUGCCCUCGUCGUCCACUCCCCGGCCCGUUUCUCCGUUUAACGCAAAAUGAUAUCAAUCAACGAACGCUACUCUUGCUUACAUGACUGCAGCUCUAACACCGAGUCCGCGUGGUGCGCCACCGAUUCCCUCUCCCUCGGCAUCGACACCUUCACGACCUUCACAAACCUGCACUGCGACGUGUCUUCCUUCGUGGCGUACUGGAAUCUGGUGGGGACGCUGAUCGAGGGCAGCUCCGCCGCCGACUCGGCAGUUUCGUCGUCUCCCUCGAGCUUAGCUAGUGCGGCUGUUGUUACCAAGGCGCCGACGACUGCAACGACAGCGUCUAGCUCGGUUGGUUCAGUGGCCGGACAGCCUCCGGCGAGCAGCACAACGUCUGCCGGCGGUGCGGUCACUAGGACCGGCGCGGCGGUCGUGGGGGCUGCUGGGGGGAUGGCGGCACUCGUUAUGCUAUUUGCUUA